AUGAGAUUCACUUCUGCAUUGAGACAAGUCCAAUCAGUAUUGGUUAGAUCAGCCACUGGUAAUCCUACCGGUAUAACUGGAUUAUAUCAACAUCCAAACCCAAGACCAGCAUUAAUCUCAUUAUAUAAAUACACAUUAGAUGUUUUAAACAACAGAUAUCCUAAGGAAUCCGUUUAUCGACAAUCAGUAGAAGCCUUGACUAAGAACAGAUUGAAAAUUGUGGAAGAAGAAGAAAUUGUUGAAAACAUUGAAAAGAGAAUUGGUGAUGGUUUAAUUGAAGAAGUCCUUGUUCAAGCUGAUGAUGAAUUGAAAUUAGCUCAAGAAAUGGCCACUUUGAAAUGUUGGGAACCUUUAGAAGAAAAGCCUUUGGAAGACCAAUGGGUAUACUUUGGUAAGAAGAUUUAG